CGCGACGGGAGCGAGCUCGGGCCGCGGGCGCGCGCGGGGGCGGUCCGGCAAAGUUGCGAGGCUCUGAGGCGGCGGCAGCGGCACCGGGACCGGCGGCACCAUGGACGACUUGGAUGCCUUACUGGCAGACCUGGAAUCCACCACCUCCCAUAUCUCCAAACGGCCAGUGUUUCUAACGGAGGAAACACCUUACUCCUAUCCAACUGGAAACCACACAUACCAGGAGAUUGCUGUGCCACCUCCCGUGCCUCCGCCACCUUCCAGUGAGGCCCUGAAUGGCACUGUGAUUGACCCCUUAGACCAGUGGCAACCCAACGCAUCCAGAUACGUCCACCAGCAACCUCAGUCCCAGUCUCCUAUAUACAGCUGUAGUGCCAAAAGCUCCAGUGCCUCUGUUCCUAGAGAUGGACUGAGCUCUCCUUCUCCCCGUGCCAGUGAAGAGGAACACGUCUACAGUUUCCCAAACAAGCAGAAGUCUGCAGAGCCAUCUCCCACAAUGAACAGCUCCUCUCUGGGCAGCAACCUCUCAGAACUGGACAGACUUCUUCUGGAACUGAAUGCUGUUCAACAUAAUCCCACCAGUGGCUUCCCAGCAGAUGAACCCAACAGAAGCCCAUCGCUGCCCAGCGUCACUGGCCCUCACUAUGUUGUCCCAGAGAGCAGCAGCUCUGUGGGAGAGAAGGCUGCACCCCCAACAAAAGAAAAGCCAAAGCGAAAUGGUGCACGUGGGAUUGAAGAUGUGCGUCCCAGUGUGGAGAGCCUGCUGGAUGAGCUGGAGAGCUCUGUGCCAAGUCCAGUCCCUGCAAUCACUGUGAGCCAGGGCGAGGUGAGCAGCCCCCAGCGGGUCACCAGUCAGCAGCAGACCCGUAUAUCUGCUUCUUCAGCUACACGAGAACUGGAUGAGCUGAUGGCAUCUCUUUCUGACUUUAAGACCAGUUCUACUAUGUCUCUGAUUUCUGAACCCUCUCUAGAACCAGUUCCCAGUUCAGCCAGUGCAGACUCCAGCAACACCCCUCGCAGUUUAACAGUGCUAUCCCAUUCCAAACACCCUUGUGCAAGUCACAGUGGGGACUCAGAAGUGCCAACAUCUGCCCCCUUGGCAGUCCCCUGCCCUGAGGAAGGCAGUAGCACUGUAGUUCUGCCUGCUUCAGGGCAUCCUGCCACUCCUCCUCCACGUAUGACCUGUUUGCCACAAACAGCCCCUGUGCCCCCACCACGGGGCUCCUCGGGUUAUGCUACCUGUGGGGAGCAAAUGACCUCUGCAAGGCUGAGCAGGAAGCCUGACUCUUCUAGAAAUGCUUCCCAGGUUGUGCCAGCUUCCAGUUUGGAGCUUCUGUGUAGAUCUGCUAAUGUGGAGGCACAAGGCCUGGAGCACACAUUGGCUAAAGAGACUGGGAAGAAGGAGCAGAGAACUGACCCCAGAAUCUCAAAUGUUCUGAUUUCAGAUGCUUUAAAUGGUCAGGGAAAGGGGCAGAUACCUAAAGAAUUGGAUCAGCAGGGAGCAUUCAGGGACAAUUCAACCCUUCCUUCCCAGGGCAAGAGUGCAGAAACAGCUUUAGAUGAGUUGUGGGCCCUGGAACUGUCUGCCCAUGUACCAGAGGUACAGGCAAAGAAUGACAGCACUUUGAAUCCUGUGUAUGAACCUUCUAUUGUUGCCCUGGAUCGGUGGGAUGUGUUCCCAGACACUAAACAACAGUUGGGCUUUGCAGUGGAGAAAGGACAGGAGCUAAAGGCUGAAGUACUGAAUGAAACCAAGGUAGAUGGUUGUCCUGAUAAGGUCAAGAAGAGGCAGAGCAGAGACAGAACUCCUAAGAAGGCAAGUGCUGCUCAUACGACCAAAGCCGGAGGAGACCAGGAAAAUGAGCAGUUCAGAAGCUCUGCAGUCACUCCAGAAUCACCUGAACACAUUUGGAAAGCUGAACUGGAUCUGCCAUGCGCCUCCAAACCACCCAUUGAGAGGAUUUCUGCAUCAGGCCAGAUUAAAUCUUUAAUCAAGAGGACAAAAGAGACUGCGAAUGUGCAUCCAAUGUAUCGGGACCCCUCUCCAAGGCGUAAACUAGGCCCUGCCAUAUUGCACAAGACUGAGUCCCAGGACCGCUUGAUUGAAGAGCUGCAGGACAGACUGGGCGUCACUAAGCAGGAGCAGGAAGAACGGGAAGGCCAGGAUGACUGGCUGACAGAGGGGGUCACUGCCAGAGCCCAGGGGGAAGAGCAGAAUGGUGGACAGCAGGUAGAGAAGGUGGUUUUUCCUCCAGAAUUCCCAUUCCCUCCAAGGAGGACGGUCUCUGUUCCUGCCUCUCCCCCUCUCCAGCCUUCCAAAGAAGCUACAAAGACAGUCUCUGCCAGUGCUGCUCUAUCUCAUAUCUCUGACCCUACACCUCUCCUCCCAUUCACACCUCAGCCUUCCCAUGUGCCGUCCACCCCAGCUCCUAGUCCAGUCUCCUCCUCUUCCUUUAGCUUGGCUCCCCAGCCUCUCUUCCAGUGGGAAACUUCUGAUGAUGAUUAUCAUGAGCUUUCUGUUGUGGGCACCCCUCCUUCUGAAGAUCCUAGGCAUUGCUGCUCUCCCCAGGCCUGGACCCCUAGCACCAAGACAGUUGUUUCUGUUGCCUGUCAGACUGAAGAUGAUGCUUUCUUCCUGCAGGUGCAGGCAGGCUUCUCUCUUCUGGUUUAUUUUGUUAGCAGUGUUUCCCAUUCAGUUAUUGCUCCCAAGUUGAUAGCUCAGUAGGUACAGCAUUCAGGAAAAAACUGGUACUGAACUGCUAGGUAGGAGAGAGGACUCAUUGGCAAUAUCUAGCUCCAUCUGUGCCUGUCUGGCACUGCAAAAUACAUGUCUUGUUAUAACCUGCUGGGCAUGUGUGGCUCCUGUCUGUCCUGAAGAUCACUUUGUGCAGCAGGGGCUCUGUUUUCCUCUGGGAUGAAGAAGGGAGUUCCAAACCACAGGUUGCAGUUCUCCCUGCCAUGAUCUCUCUUGGAGUGGCAGGAGUAAAAGAUGGCAAAAUCUCCAUACUGAAAGGAGCAAAUGAGCAGCUCCUCCUGUGUUUGCCUGUUUAGACGGGUGUCCACAGCACGAGCAGAUUUUGGGGAGGAGAUGAUGUGAUUUAAGAGCUGUGUUCUGCAUCUCCUUGGGAAGGGCUGUAUCUCCAGGGUGGUGGGAAGUUUGAAUGUAGAUGAGCAGUGCAGUGGUGUGCAGUAUUAUGUGUACAGGCAGCUCAAGCAAUAAACACCUCUGCAUCCUGACCUGUUGUACUUUCCAGGUGACCUCUGCU